AUGGAGGAGAUGACUUCUAAAAUUCGUCGUUGGUGGUGGGCAAGCAAAGAGAAGGGACGUGGUUGGGCUAUGCUCCUUUGGGAUAAUCUUUUUUUAUCAAAAGGUAUAGGUGGAAUUGGAUUCAGAGACCUUCGGCUAUUUAACUUCGCCCUACUUGGUUGGCAAGUAUGGAGGCUCAUCCCGCAUAGGGACACUUUUUUCUUUCGUGUUCUUAGCUUGAAAUAUUUUGCUGAAGGUGAUUUAUUCCAUCCCAAAAAGAUUGAUAAACUUUCCUUUACUUGGUCAAGCAUUUUGGAGGCUACAAGAGCUCUUAAAGGGGCUUGGCUGGCAUGUGGGGGAAUUUGGCUUGACAAUGACAAAUUGGGCUUUGAGGGUCUUGAUUGA